AUCUAGAACAUCAUUUACUAGAAAGGCGACGUUGGGUGGUGUACGGCUCAACAUCGAGGUACUCGUCCAACUAUCGAACCGCUUAUAUAUUAUUUCUUCGAGGGUCAAGUUUCGAGUUUGUCCCUUCAUCUCCGAAGAAGGGUCACACAAGAUGGAGGAGGUUGAACAACAAGAGGUCGGAGAGGCCGGACAAGAGCGCGAGGAUGGCAGCUCCCUUUCUGGUAGCACUAGGAGCCAUUCACCAGCUGGUAACGACAAGAAUUCGCGGCGUAAACCGCGAAAGCUUCGGUCAAUGGCACGCAAAUCAAAGCGGCACGCUCGCGAACGUACAGACGAGAGCGAAAACUCCUCCCAGUCACUGAGCCCAUCUGCAGAUCUAUCAGAAUCAGGAGCAUCGCGGAAAUCGGAUCACUCACGAAACAAUACGAAGUUUCAAGAAAUGGUCGACCUGGUCGCAGAAGUAGCUGUAGCAGAAAAUCCAGCAGAAGAACAUUGGGUGUUUAUGAUUGAUGGUGGCACAGUUCAUCUUGUACACGGUGACACGUGUUUUUUUCGAAGUUAGUUUUACAAAGGUUAUACCUACUUACUCACUUUCAGCGGCUAUAACUACCUCUAGCUCAGUAACUACUCCUCUGAUAGUUCUAAAUGAGACCACGACGAGCGCAAGAGGAGAUUCCAAUCCCAGAAUUCAACGGAAUUUAGGGUCGGCGACGAUCCGCACAAGUUCAGCAAGUCGCUGCUUCCAAAAGGAGUCAAAAAAUACGCGUUGGAAAGGACAGUACUUAUAUUUUUAAAUAUAUACUAGUAAAUUUUUACCGCCAUAGAUAUCCUGAGGACUUACAUCAAACUUUUAUCUGCACAAUUCCUCGGUUCCUUGAUGUUUUAUUCCUCGGCUACAUCAUGCGUUGAUGAGAAACGAGUAAAACUUCAACAGGACUCAUCAGCCAUGGCGCAGAGAGUUUUUGGUCAGCGACAGAAAAAAGCCGCAUCAACAGAUCAAAAGCCUUUUCUGAGUGAAGAGGCAACUCCGUGGUUCUUACGUGCCCGAGAAGAAGAGGGAACUAAAAGCCGAAGGCGCAUGAGCAUGGUCCAGUACGAAGUCAAUCGCGAACUUGUGGUAGUUUUUUACUAAUGAUGUUGAGAUUAAUAAAGAGAUAGUACUAGUCGUACUACACUUGUUAUAUGAGAUCACCAAUCAGCUACUACUAAUGGAUGACUUGUCCCUCGUGCCGAUUUUAAUAUCUCACAACAUUCACCUGCGGAAGUCGGUAGAGUACCUUGAAAAGCUCAUCUUGCAACGUCCGACAAUCCGACUUGUGGCAUUGCAGGAAAUUAUAAAUCUUCUCAUAGCAACAAAACAGGGAGAAAUAAAGUUCAAGAAGUUCCGACUAGUGAAGCUCAAAAGUACUUCCGUCAUUCCUUUUUCAACAUGCGCAGCAGUGGGGAUUUACCUAGUGAUCCGAGGAGGCGAAGUUCUUCCACCCCCCGAGGAAUGGGAAGCUUUCGAGCACGUCGUCUCAGUCAACAAGGAAAGCAAAAACAUAGCGGACGAACAGGAAGCGGAAGGAAUUUCCACAAACGAAAUCAAGAGCGGCGAGAUCUGCGACUCGGUGUUUAGGGUGGCUGAUAAAGAUGCAGGAAUGCUGUGGACAUGUGCAGUCCGAAUCGGCGACACUUUCGUCCGCACUUCAUACUUGAAAGAUCCAAACAACUCGAAACUCGCACGAGAUUACGGUUGGAUCAGCGACCAAAUGAGAACGAUCGAAGCAAAAGUUGCGAAAAUGGAAAAAGGUGCAAAAGUCGUUAUAUCGACUGGUGAUCUGAACCUAGACGCGCGGACUCCAGGGCGCCCUCUCGAAAACGGUAGGAGGUGGUCCCGCGACGCAUACAGUAGCAUCUGGUUACCAAAUCAGCAGCUCGACCUAAAAUCAGGUGCCCGGGAAAUCGUCACAGGGAUCACACACUGGACUGAUGCCGGCGGGACGAUGUUGGAUUCGCUCAAGACCAAUCUUGCCUCCGCUACGGUCGAAAAGUAUGCAGUAAUCGCAGAUGCAGCACAUAGGCGAGCAAACAACGUCAACAAAGAGUACCGGGUAGUAAAGUACGACGCCACUGACGAAGCCGACCAUGUAAAAUUUCUUGAUCAUCUCAUCUUAGUGUUGACAGCAGACGAGGACGCAACAGAAAUUCAGAAAAUGCAGGAGCAGUUCCGUCCAGGCCAACACAAUCAUCGAAAGAAAGCACCCGCCAAACGAGCGUACAUAACGAUGGAGCAGAUGAAAGAUCACGGAGAAGAGAUACUAGGCUUAUUCAACGAAUGCCGCAUGCCAGCAAGUCGAGCUGACCGCCACGAGGCAAGAAGGCGCGGAUGUCCAAUAAAAGCGGCGCAGAAGGUUGAUCUCUUCCAGCUGCAGAAGCGCUUCCUUCCGACAGUAAAGAUCAACAGGAACCAAUUCCCUGCCAGGGACGCAGUGCUGCUUGCGACAAAAAGCCUACAAGUUCAAGCCUACACACCAGAGGGGCGACCUAUUCCGAUACGAGAAAUGGCGAAAAUGGUGAACAAUGUUCUGAUCCAACAAAACAUUGUGAAGAGGAAGAUUUUGAAAAAAAGCGAACCUGUCUCGAACGCCUUGGAGUACUUUGAUGAAGAAAAUUCCACGAUUCAUCUCCAGAACUUCCUCCAGGCGCAAGAUCGGACAAAAUCAAUCAAAGCGCAUUUGGCUGCUGGGGCACUUCAAGAAGCAGCUCAACUUGUGUCAGGCGCAGGGAGAGGUGCGCCAGUGGGGCAAGUGUCUGAAGUAGUAGUAGAUGGGCAAGCUGUGACAGACAAGCGUGAUCUUCUCACUUCCACAAUAAAUUUCCACCUAGGAAAAAGUAGCUGGAUUCUCGACUCGGCGGGAAUAGCCACAAACUUGCGGUGGGACAAGACAAAGAUCGGGAAAGUCUAUGAAGAAGUACGAAACGCGGCUUCCGAGUGCACUUACCGAAUUAAACCAGCACAAGUCAAGCACGCACGGGCGAAAUUGAAUCAAAAUCUGCAAGGCCCCUCAGGAUUCAGAGCCAAGAUUCUAAAGGACCUUGGCGAUUGGGUGGGCCAGUACCUGGCGGAUGCUUACAAUGAAUUGCUCGAUCAACUGAUGCAAAACCCUUACCAUGAUGUAAUCAACUUCGUCUGCACGGAACUCGAACGGAUUUUCAUGGGAACUCUUUUACAUAAGAAGAGCGUGACUCGAGAAGCAGGCGACAUGCGUUUUGUGGUCAAGUCCUGCCCUUUCGUGCGAGCAUUCAUGUCUAUCAUGGACACAACAUGGAGCGAACUUGCCGAGCGAAAUGGCCUUUGCGGCAAAAUAACAGUGAAUGGGCGCGCUGACAUCUCACUUUCGGUAGCUUCGCUUCUAAUACGGCACAAACUGAUGAUGCGGGGCGAUAAAUGCAGUGCGGUAGUACUCUCUGCGGAUGCUCGGCAGAUGUUCAAUCUCUUGGAAAUCAGUCUGGUAGUGGGAUUAAUGCGCAGACUGAGGGCGCCGCCACAGAUAAUUGCAGCACAUCUAGCAUUCGGGGCUGAAAAACAGGCCCUGUUCACAUUGAACCAGUUGACGUAUAAGCUACCUUCGCACACUCGCUGCCUCCAAGGGCAACAAGAUAGCAUGAUCACUGGGAUACUCAUCUUCGUCCCGUAUCUUCGGAUAAUACAAAAGCUCAUCCAAAAGGUCCAGAAUGCUGAUGGUUCGACUCAAGAGGAAGGCCUCGACUCAGCAAUCAGUGAUGCGAUCAAAGAGGCUCAGCGACAGAAGGAAAAUGGAUUCGAUUGGUCCAAGAAAUACACAGAAGCCGAAGUUGACGAGUUUUUUCGCGAUGGUGUUCGGUGCCUCAACGAAAUCCACAAAACUCGGAGAGAGUCGCACGAUAACGAAGAAAGCAGUAAUGAUUCGACGCGGGUAUGCGUGGAUGACACACUAGUGGCGUUCCUGUUCCAAGAACGUGACGCCGAGGCAAGACGUGUUCAGAGAAUCGUAAAGGGCAUCGCGACGAUAAAACAGUGCAUGUUCAGCGCCACUGCAGUGUUCUGCGCUACAGAAAAAUGCGAAUGCCUCACUCUCCCCUAUGCAGAUGGGACAUCGGUAAGUCAGGAUCAUGCGCAGGAAAUCCGUAGCGCUGGCGCGGUCUACGGACGCGAACCCAUGCUCCGGGACCGGUUGCAGCUUUUCGGGAUUCCAUACCGAGACGAUUUCGAAGUAGCGAUGUUAGCUGCACUCAGGUCGCGCGUUUUCAACAUGGAGAGACUCCUUCGCCUUUUCACGAAAUCGCACCCGAAUGGAACAGAGAUUGAAAGUCUGCUCCUAGUUGCAAGAUGGCUGAGCACAUCAAAAAUAAUGCAUCUAUUACCCCUGGCUACUUUCGAGGUAACAUCAUACGACAUCAAUACCAUAACGACCGCAAUAGCUCGCGCAGUAUGUCACGGGCUAGGACUCUCUGACGCCAUGCUCUUACGAAUAGAGGAGUUGUGCAAGUUAAAGCCGGCAGAUUUAAUCUUCUCGACAAUCUUCGGAUGGGUCAGCCCGAUAGCGCAGAGUCGCGCUAUUUUACGUCGGCAGACAAUCAAGUUUGCUGCUGCCACAUCAUCACGCGAAGAGCUUCGACUAGUUUUCAGUCAAACCAUCGACGAAAAGGAGAUAGAACUUAUGGAUGCCGAGGCACUCCAGAUAUUACGAAAUCGUAAGCACGUUAUUGAGAAGGUUCCGAAAUCUCCUCCGAUCUACGGGUCGAGGCUGCCGACGCACUACAUCCGUGAAAGUGCUCUGAUUCUCGAUCGAAAGCCGCGUGAUACGUUAGCGGUCCUUGCGGCAAACGAAGUUGCGUGGGCAGUAUGGCUCGAUCGUGUCGCAGAUAUUGUAUGGGUCGCGGUAAAAGACACUACGAGGACAUGGCGUUUAUCACACAAAAUCCUACUACGGAUGCCGCACGUUGCUAAAUAUGCUAUGGCAGGCAGGUUUGGACACUCAGGACGCGCCGACAAAUGCACCUGCGGGCCGCUGCAAUAAACACCCUCGUGCAUGCUGCACAGCUCGCGCCAUCGACGCAAGUUGCUGUCUUCAACAUAGUGGACAACAUUCACAAACGUGCAAUGAUUAACACUGACCUGUCAAUCGCGGCACUAACCGUGACUGUGCACCUUUUUCACUCUGCUGCUCCCAGAUGGAUGCAAGAUCUGCCGCAGACACGGACGCACAGUGGGAAUGUCGAGGCCAUCACUGUGGAGCCGCAGGAUGGCGUUUGGCUAUGGGUGGACGAGCCUCCUCUCAAGAUCAAGAAACAUUGCGGGUCACUUCCGGCAGCCUUAAAAUCGUGCAUCGACCAAAUGCGAGGUGAAAAAGUCACACCUGCCAAAAUUCGGGGACAAAUAAAGAAAGUCCUGGACGAGUACGAAAAAGCUGAGGAAGAGAAAGUCGAACAAAGCGCAGGAGGAUUAUUUCUACCACUACAUGAAGAAAAUAAAAAGCAAGAAAGGAAACAAAUCGCAACGUUUAUAGAUACAAUGACAGACAAAGUUAGACAAAGUAGAAACAUUAAGACAACAAAAUGAGACUCAUACUGAAGUCAUUUAUCAGAAGAAAUUAGACAAGAAAGAAAAAUUAGACAAUAAACUGAGACUCACACCGAAAUCCUUCAUUUAACAAAUUAAAAACAACAUAGGAGCAAGAAAUUAAAAGUUAACCAUUACAAGUUUCCGCCAAGUAGACCAAAAGAACUCCACAGACAUCGACAGCUAACGAAUGCGUGACACUCUAAAAAAAAAAAAAAAAAACUGACACUGCUACUGCUACUGCACUAAACACAUGCAAGAUACCAAAUGAAAACAGCGACCCACUGUCUGCACACAUGACGCAACAGAAAACGCGAGACAACGCUAGAAACCCGAGCCAACGGUAAUAACACGAGAAAACGUCAGGAAUCCCGAAGACAACGGCAGAAACAAGGGAAGAGUAUUUUGAUUUUGCAUUCGUGAGAGUCCAACAGUGAUCAGCUGAGCCAUGCGUGAAGCUUGUUGAUUCAAGGCACUCGAUCGUUCGCGUAAAUCGAAAGAAAAUCCCAUAAGAGACGAAAAAUAGCCCAACAGUGAUCAGCUGAGCCAUUCGCGAAGCUUGCUGAUUCAAGGUGCAUGAUCGUUCUCGACCAAAAAGAUGCCAUUGGCACAACAGCUGUGAAAGCAGCGCCGUCUAGGCUUGUAUCCUAGGUCGCAACGAAUGCCCGGACGUGCGGCCUGAUAUCGAUUAAUAAGAUACCGCUCGCGUCCCGCAUCGAUUCGAAUGCUUCGUCCCCUCGGGAAGACGUUUCAUUCAGUAGAGAACUCCUCUAACCAAAUUAAUACGGUGCCCUUCUUCGGGAGUGAAGUACUGUAUUAAAUCGACCCAUCGACAGUUUCGAAAUACUGCUCAGGGCGAAAUUCCAUACACUUGUUAUACAUAUACUUGUGCUACUUGCAGUACGUAAUCGGGAAUUGUUCUUUUGCAGAUGAAGGGGAUUGUAUUUUUAUAGUGAUGUAGAUCAUCUACUUAGAAGUUCUACAAGAGAUAGGAGCAGGACGUUGAGCAUGAGGUAGUGAAAGAAUGGGUUUUCAAAAAACCAAAACCAUUUUCUCAUAUUCCAGGACACUCUCGGUUUAGGAAUGUCUCAGCACGGUGUCGAGCUAAAUGCGCUGGAUGGCGAAAUCAAUGGGGGACUGGCGAAAAUCCGAGAAGUGAGUAUGGGUGGGGACCAAGUGGCUUCGCAGGAGGAAGCAGUGGAGUUCUUUAGGCAAAGACGGCCUUGCAAUCCGAUCAUCCUGUCCGCCAAGUCUGGCGCAUCAAACGCCAAGAGCACGACAAAUCCAGCUGACGGAAUUGCACCCCCAAAUGCGAGCGGAGGUGGAGGUGGUGGAGUUUCGAGAUCGGGUUCACGGGGACGAGAGGAUACCACUGCUAGUGGAAACGCGACAACGCUGCUGGAAACAGCCGUUGGGGGACCAGAGUACGACCGAGGGAGGAAGAUCACGCAGCCACCAAGGAGCGAGUUGACGACAGAGCGCGGCGAAAGGAAUGCUUGUAUGAUGCAGAUUGCUAACUCUAUCUAUACUGCUUAAAUGUACUUAGUUCUACAACAACUUGUUCAUAGAAGCAGUAUUCGUAACUGCCUGAUGAAAAACCAAAAUAAUUUUCUUUUGUGUUCAUCCGAAAAAGAAAGCGUUGUACUAUCCCUGAUCCCUCCUUCAUAUUCCCAACAAGUGUAAUCGUCGGUGAGGAAGCGCGGAAAAAUUCAAGCAGUUCGGUUUCCUCUACUUUUCUAGACGUGCCUGGUGAUGGCCAAAGAAGCGAGCCAUCGACGAGUGCCGCGCCUGCGAUGAGACGUAGAGGGAGCGCUAUCGGAAUACAGACUGUGAAUAUGCGCAGAACCAUUUGUGCGUCGGACACAGGAACAAAAUCCGCGAGAAGUUUUGGAUCGGCCAGAAGCGCUGAGCAAAUGAAAGAAGAAGAGUUAUGAGCAAGUAGCAACUGGUCGAUUUAUAUUUUAUAUAUAAUUAGAAUAAGAUGAACUAGAUGUUCUUCUUGUUCAUCAACAUCAGAACAUCAUUCCUUUUUAGAAUGAUAGGCGGUGCUGUACUAAGAGCGCAGAUAUGAAGUAACACGCUUGAUAAAUACGUUCUCACUCGCCUCUACUCUUCAUGUACUAUGACUAUCUACUUCCACAAUUAAGUAGAAAGCGCCUUAUUUUUGUGCAUGAUUGCCUUUCUAAGCCCACCGCAAGCGCGAAAGCCGCCAGCGAUAGCAUUUCUAUCAGAAAGAGAAGAAGAAAUGAUGCGGAUGGGUUACAUGAUGGAGACGUGCGGCUUCGUUUUGUGCAAAAAUAAGGUAAAAACACAAGAUAGAUCCAUAGUUACUUCUUGCUCACCACUAAGUAACUGAAUGACAAAAUAUCAGAUGGUCCCUGUAACGAUAUUAAAUUGUCAUCAUCAUCGUUACUUCUUUUCAAUACUUGAUGUUGUAGAACUUCUACGUCCUCGCUGUCAGUCGUCGUCCAUCUUCGUCAUUGUUGUGUCGCCUCUUACCGAUGUAGUUUGCGUUUGUGCUAUCGAAGCCGAACAUAACUCCACGCCUUGAUACCACAACAGAACGAUAAGGAGGAUGUCCGCAGGAUGAUUGUGAAUCGCGGGUUGUGGAUGCUCGCGCAAAAAGAGAUAGAGAAGAGCCAAAGAUCUCUUUUUGAUCGCUUCACAGUUGCUACAGCAAAAGCCUCACGAAAGAGGUGGUUUCUGGUCAAAGCUUUCGGCCGUGCAGCAACAGGCAUUGGACCACACGACUACGAAGGCGUAACGAUGCUGCGACGUACAUUACUACAUGUUGAAGAUUUUUUAUGCUCAAUUUGAAAGUCAUAAUACCUUACCCUCCUCUAGCAACCUCGGUUCUUGGUGAACGUCUUUAAAUCAUCACUCGUUCGUCCACGUCCACGUCCACCUUUGGGUGGAUUGCUUCUUAAUCACGAUUCUAUAUGACAAUGAUCACAAACACCUACGCGGCUCAGGUAUUCAAGCCGACCGCAUCCUGCCGAAGAUGGCUGAGCGGAAAGUCUGGCGCCAGGCCAUGCAGGAUUUCAAGCUUUUCGAGAGGAAAGUCAAGCAGCCCGACGGAAAUUCACGCGUAGUGUUUCAGGUGGUCAGAGAGCCGUCUCCGAAACGGAGUGAGAAAGAGCAGCAGACGUACUUUGAGCGGAUGUUCCGCGGCUUAGGUCCAGACGACGGUCUUGCGGAAGCUAGAGCGCGAGAUGCUGACCGCGAAAUCGUGACUGAGCCGCCUACUGCGUGUGCGCGGUAUCUGUGGCAACGAAAUACACACGCCGCCCAGAUGGAUGAGCAUAAGUUUCGACCAAGAAGUGCGGACAGCACUUCUCGAGGAAGAGGUGGAGGUGCGACAACGAAGCGCCCCAGAACGGCGUCUUCAACAGAGCCAGGAAGCCGAAGCGCGUCACCUAGUGGUUCAGACGAGGAACGUUUCAGUCGUACAACUAGCGCACAAAGGACUUCUUCAUCCGCAGCAAGAAGAUCGUCGGAUGAUCACGCUGCGGAAGAGGUUCUUCGAGAAGCAACGAGGCUUGCAGAAAAAAUGGCCAGUGAGCAACAGAUCGAUCUGGAAGGAGAUGGACACGCACCAGAACCUGGAGGAAGGAACACAACGUCUAGAGGUAGAGCCACUUCAUCAGGAAAGCAUAGUGAGCAGUCUUCGGUGUUGCUUUUGCACGCGACAGAUGCUGGGAUGCGAGGUUUUAUGGAGAAAGAGAAGAUCGGCGCACACGAUGUAGUCGAAGUUCCGUCCGGCGAAGGCGAGGGCGUUCCUGGGAAAGACCAACGCUCGGAUUCUAAAUCGUCUUCACGGCCAACAUCGGCCCCAGCCACGCGCAGCAAUAAUAUGCGGAAGCACGCAUCGGUACCUUGGUUGGGCACUGGGCGACGGCCAUCGACUUCUGCCGCUGGCAAUGGGAGAAGGACAAGCGUGAGUAAAACUAGAGCAAGCGAAACGGAGGGAGACGGGAGAAGAAAUACGAUAAACGAAGAGGGCGGUGGCGGUGAAGAGGACGGGAGUGAACGCCCGCGGUCGCGGCGACCAAGCGCUUUCAGCAAUGUCCUCUCCGAACAAGCUCAGCAUGCCCAACAAAAAAGACAAUUACAGCAUAGUAUCAGAAAAUUAUGAAAUGGCACACAUUUUCUUUCUCAAUCUUGAUGACCUUUUUUAACAGGAGAAUUAAUGAACGAAAUCGAAAUUGAUUCUCGACUACUUAGAUAAUCCAGGCGGAGGCUCUUCUUGUUUCGUAUUGAUUCAUCUAGUUCUACUUUUUCAAUCAUGAUAGGUGAGGGAACUCAAGAAUCUCUCUAAAACAUCUUUCGAGCAAGAGGUUGAUACAAGAGGUUCGAGAGAUGACUGAGGAGAUGCGCCAGCAACGUGCGGCCGACGAGCUCUUGAAUUUAGCGGCUUCGCGAAGCGCAGGCUUGCAUCGAACGACGAAUGCGAGUCGGCGAAAGUCAGUGACCGCUCCGAAACGAAAAAGGAUAACCUAUACCGUAUUAAUGCCAUAUGAGUAUGCACAAUGAUAUGAAUGUCUCAAUCAAGAUGUAACUCUCAUGUUUUCUAGGCAUAAAAGUCAUACUGCCGUUCAUGAAGAAGAUACUAGUUGUUGAACUACUUCAUAAAAUUGUACAUCGACUUCCACGACCUGUAUCACAUUUCAGCUUCAUGCAUAGGAAACAAGCAUAAUCGCUUUUUUGAAAAAGCAAAACACAGAAUUGCACACAGAAUUGCUGCUGAGAAUACCUAGAUACUAGUAUUUUUUGCCGCCACACGGACACGAGGAUGUUGUAACUGUAAAUCAGGUUGAUGUAGUAGUAGAUUCCUUGCCCCGCCAUGGAAUUGGAAAACACAAACAUGAUUUCUGUAACCUGAGCUUUCAUGAUUAAUUUAAAUUUUUGCAGUAGGUGGACUGCGUUAGGUGGUACGUAAACAGAGGUACAUCAAGAAUGGAAAAAUAAGCUAAUAACUACAUCUACUAUAUAGAAAAAAUAACUCAAUAUAUUGUGGCAUAGUGCAAGCUAUCGUGGAAGAAGCUGUGGUAAUAGUCAAGGUGAUUCCGAACAAUACAUCCGUCGAUCUCAGACCAGAGUCAAACUGCUCGCUUUUGCAAAGUGGUAACCAUGAACAGCCAUAAAGAUAACGAAGUACUAUCGGCGUUGCAGCCUCGCUCGCUAGUUUUUGCUCCACUGCAGUCAGUGAAUGUGCAUACCCCAGAAACUUCAGGCACUUCUAGUAAAAUUUUGCUGUAGCAGGAUCUAUCACGUAAAUAAAUUUUACUCAUGUUCGAUAUUGGCAGAUGAUGGAUGCGAAAAGAUUAAGAUGAUAAAUGCACAAAAGCAAUGCAACUGGUGAUCAAGAGUACACAAGAAGAACAAUAAACAUCAUCAGGCAGAACAGAAAGGCUGACUUCUUGGGUGGUGAAGAUUCCGUAAAUGAAAAGCAGGCGGCGAAGAUGCACAAGCAAUAAAUGGUUACCGCUCUCGACGAUAAACGGCCAAUCCGGCGGAAGGAAUCCAAA